AUGGGCGCCGGUAACGGUUCGGCUACCACCCUCGCCGCCGACUGCAAGCACACAUCAGAGAUCAUCGCCCACCCCCUCAAGCUCUCCGUCACCGUCUCCCCCCAAGAUUCCUCCCCAAACUUGCGUCUACGUCUUGUCCGCGAUGGGCCCCCGAUCCAGCGAGCCGGCGAGCCCCUCAUGAUGCACUGGGGUGUCGUCCUCAACGAAGGCGAUGACCGCUCUGUUUACAUUCGCCCGCCGCAGAAAAUCUGGCCCCCGAAACAGGAACCGCGCCACGGCGAGCCCAGCUUGCAGACCCCGUUUGACGACGAGGGCGUCCUGGAAUGGGAUAUUCCGGAGGAGCACGCCCCCGCGGGUAUUGUCUUUCUGGUUUUCAUUCAAGAGGGCAACGGGUGGAAGGGACAGUGGUUCAAACGCAUCGAUGGCGGGAGCUUUUAUGUGGAUCUGACGAACGCGAUUAGCGAAGAAGAGAAGUCGCGGAGGGUCAAGGUAUUGGAGGAGGCCAAGAUGAGAGAAGACCGGGAAAAGAAGGAAGAGGAGGAGAGGGUCAGGAAAGAGGAGGAGGAGAAGGAGAGAAUCAAGAAGAUGGAGGAGGAUAUGAAAUCGAAGAGGGAGGAGGAGGCCGAUACGUAUUUGCAGAAGGCCACAGACGUCAUGGGUAUGGAAAUCUUCAAGAGCAUGGAUGAGGACUACGAGUUUGGCCGCUUAUUGAUUCGCGUGCUCAUUCCAAAGGACGAUAAUCCUGGUGAAAGCAAGGAUGAGGUGCCAGGGAAGAAGAGUUCAUCUAUCAUUCAUGUCGUGUCGACACUCGCGCUCCAAGGCUCGGAUGUUUUCUUACACUGGGGUGUUAAGCACGGCCGUAACUCAGAAUGGCAUGCGCCCAAGCCGGACGCUUGGCCCCCAAAUACUAAUGCCACGGACGAUGGAAAGGCAGUGCAGACCAAAUUGGAACCACAUGGCUCGUCUGGUGUCCGCAUCGCUAUCAUCAAGAACUUGUCCCUGGAAGUUCUCGGGAUCUUCGCAGUCAUUCAUGCACCGUCCGCACCUAGCCAUUUGAUGUGGAUCAAAGCGGCGCAGGGCGGGGAUCUCUUCAUACCCACGAUUCCUCCGCCGCCACUCCCUGGGUUGUCCUCGAAAGACGAUGUUACAGAUCUGUGCAAGUCAAUGUUGGAGGGCGUGAUUGAACGAGAGAUGGAGUACGGUUCAUGGACCCUAAUGCACAGAUAUGGAUACGCCCGGCAUCUAGUUGACUCUGUUAUUGGAACAGAUGUGGACUGCUGGGGUGCCCUGUACGUAUGGAUGAGGUAUUCUCAAGUUCGAGUGCUCGACUGGCAGCGGAGGUAUAACACUCAGCCUCGUCAACUCAGCUGGUCGCAACUCUCCCUCGUCACGCUUCUUGCGAACAAGUUCAAGAACGUGCCGGAAGUUCGAUGGUUAGCUCGUUUAGUCAUGUCCUGCGUUGGCCGCGGUGGCUCUGGAGACCUUGGUCAACGGAUCCGUGACGAUAUUCUUGUAAUCCUUCGACACCACAGGGACUGGAAACAUGGUUCCAUGAUGGAACAGUGGCAUCAGAAGCUUCACAACAAUACAAGCCCGGAUGAUGUCAUCAUUUGUGAUGCCCUCAUUGCGUUUUGGAACGCAAACGGUGACAUGGGAGCAUACUGGCAUGUCAUUUAUUCCAAUGGCUUGAACAAGGAAAGGAUGGCCGCGUAUGAGCAACCUAUUACUGCUGAGCCAGACCAUCCUUCGCACUUGAAGGGCACGAUGCUUCAUGAGCUUGGUAGGUACGGGGAUCUGUUGAGACAAGUCCAUCUCGGUACGGACUUGAAUUCAAUUGUGCAUCGAUGCCAGGGUUUCCUUGACGGAGGGGUUCGGGACCAAGUGAAUGGCUUCAUGCACGCGCGGUCUUCAGGAUCAACCAUAACGGACAUCCUCCGCUCUGUUGCGCACGCGCGAAAGGGGGUUGCCAAUCAAGUCACGUUCUCGGACCACUUGAGUGAUGAACAGAGGCGUGACAUGAUCUUCCUGGAUUUGGCCAUAGAAUCGGAAUCCAGGCGCUUACUGGAAGGUACGCAUGGUGUCGGCCAUGACGGGACUUUAUGGUCUCAUCUCACAGCCAUCCGAGCAGCAGCUACUGCCUUGAAGAUUUCCGAAGCAGGGCAGAACACAGAAGGGGAACUUGACAGAGCAAUAAACGAUACAAUGGCUGUCAUAGAUCGACUCGGUCAGCAAGGGGAAUCCCACGAUGUCGGGCUCAGGGCAGCAGCUGCAAUGUCAAUCAUGAGAAACGCUUUGACCGACAUUGUUGAUCGAUAUGCAAGAAAAUUGGGGCCACUGGCCAAAUGCUUGGGAAUGGCUUUUCAUGGUGAGAGGCACAUUGUUGACACUUUCAUUGAGGAAGCUGUUCGCGGUGGUCCAGCCUAUUCACUGUCUUACCUGCUGAGAAGGGCAGACCCAGCCGUACGCCGAGUUGCACAACUUGGUCCAUUCUCCGUCAUUUCUCCUUUGGAGAAGGAAACAAAGGGGCCAGUAGUUGUCUUCGACAAGCUGCGUGAGUCUGAAGGAGCGAAAUUUAAGCGUGGAACCGUUGUCAUAGCAAACACAUGUGAUGGCGAUGAGGAUGUUCCAGAAAAGACCGCAUACGUGGUCAUUGGUUCUUCUGUCGAUGUCCUAUCCCAUGUUGCCGUUCGUGCCCGCAACGAACACCACGGGCUUGUAGCCUGUCUGGAUGCUGAGAAGUUGGCUGAACUCCGAUUACUUCACGGCUGCAUUGUUAAAGCCAAACUGACUGGCGAAGACUUUGUAGUUGAUAUCAUCGAUGACUCUGGGCGCAUGCAUCCGAGCGUUGGUAUUCAACCUGUCAUGAAAAGGGUGAAGUCUUCGGGCCUAAUCACGCCUCCAAGUGGUCUGAUGUCACCACCGGGAGGACUUGUUGCCUCUAAAGAUAAGCUGAGGGCCCGAGAUGCUUUUGGCUUCAUGAAGCAGCUAAGUGACCGGUCGUUGCAAGAACUUGGCAAGAAGAAGAAGGCAGUUUCUUUUCGACAAACUGCUGCUCCGUGGGCAAUUCGUCCGUCGGAAUUUAACACUGAAUUGGUUGGCUCGAAAUCUUUGAACUUGCAAAGGCUGAGAGCCCUCGGUCUACCUGACUGGAUCAAAACCCCUCCCUCGGUGGCUAUCCCGAACGGGGCGAUGCGAAAGGUAAUGAAUUUCGACACAAAUUCGGACUUGUUCCAGGAGUAUGAGCGCUUGAAAAAAGAGAUUGCAGCAGCCAAACCAGUAGCCAAAUCCAUCGAUCACAUCUCUAAUCUUCGGGCAGAGGUGAAGCUCUGUCAGAAGAUUAAGGAUGUGAUCUUGAGCCUGGAAUCUCCCGACGGAUUGAAAGAGACCCUGCGAGGUGUACUCGACGACCUUGGCUGUGAAACGAUUGAUGAGUCUCUGCCAGGUGCUUGGACAGCCAUCAAGGGAGUCUGGGCAAGCAUUUGGAAUGACAGGGCGCACCUCGCGCGUUAUAAACUGAAGCUUAGUGCUGAUGAUGUGGAAAUGGCGGUUUUAUGUCAAAAAGUCAUAGACGCAGAUUUCGCUUUCGUCAUACACACCACUAAUCCUUUAACAGGUGAUCAAAACGAGAUUUACGCCGAGGUUGUGAUUGGGCUUGGGGAAACACUAGUCGGUAAUGCACCAGGCCAGGCCUUGGGUUUCACCGUAAGGAAAGAUCAAGACUUGGAUACCGUAACACCGAUUGUGCGCUGCUACCCCAGCAAGCCGAUCGCGUUGGUUGGCGGAGAGUUCAUUUUCCGCUCGGACAGUAACGCUGAAGAUUUAGACGGAUUUGCUGGAGCCGGCCUUCACGAUUCCAUUCCACUCGCUAAGAACGGGGCUGUCCAUAUUGACUACGCAGAGGAAAGGAUAAUGAAGGACGACGAAUUUCGCAAUUUCUUGAUGAGAGGUAUUGCUAAGAUUGGCGUGGAAGUUGAGGAAACAAUGGGCGGCAUUGCGCAGGACAUCGAAGGAUGCUUCAAGGACGGCGAGUUCUAUGUUGUUCAAUCCAGACCGCAAGUGUAGUUUAAUGUGUAGACGUAGUACUGGCACCGCACCUUACAGAAUAGGCGGACGUUCAUGCGAAUGUGUUAUCAUUGAAACACAUGCACCAUCGACGUAACGACCCGCGUGGAUGUGACGUGCUUGACCCCAUUCGUUGUUGUGUGGAUGGUUGACAUCAUUAACUGAUACAGUAGCUCGAUUGCUAUGUCGCAUUUCAAUGAAUUGUGCCCCGCUGAUUCAUAUGGAAGAACCUGAGCUUAAAAAGGAAGUCUAAUAUCUUCAUCAGCCCUUUGUCAUUGAAAUGAAGAGCCAUCACAGA